AUGAUUAUUGAGAAGAAAAAAAAGGAGAAAAAGGCAAAGGAGGAGAAGGAGAAGGAAAAGGAGAAGAAUGCAAAGGAGGAGAAGGAGAAGAAGGAAAAACAGGAGAAGGAGAAGGAGAAGAAGAAGAAGAAGGCAAAGGAGAUGGAUAUGGAGAAGCAGAAGGAGAAGGAGAAGGAGAACGAGAAAAAGAAGCAGAAAGAAAAAGCGAAAGCCAAAAAGAAAGGGAAAAAAGUCAAAGUUGUCAGGUGUGAUAUGAAGCGACAAUAUCCAUUUGAAGGUUUUAACAUUGACGGCGAGGGUCCAACUAAACUGAUGUCAUCCUUCUCGCAAUGGAUAAAAGAGGUUCUUUACAAGCAUCAUGCAAAAAAAGAAAACAAGGAGGAUCACUACUUAGCCAAUUGCUCAAAACAUGAAUUUGACGAACUUGAUUCAGUAGUUGCAUUUCUAAUGAAUAAGGGCUGGUUCUACAUAAUGUCUCAACCCAAUAGGUGCUGGAAUGAUGAGGUAAAUCCAUGCUCACUUUUAUAUGUAUUGUUUAAUACAUGA